AUGCCCACUUCGCUCACCAUGGCCAACUCGUCCAACAUGCCCAACUCGGCGUUCGGCAACCUGGCGCGCGUCCCUGGCCCCAAUGCGUCGCCCGAAACCACUUGCGCCUGGCUGAUCGAUUACUUCGAAUACAUGAGCUUGCCCGCGGACCGUGUCGACUGGCUGGGCUGGACCGCCGACAAUUUGCAUACCAUGGAUGUCCAAGAAGCCAGUCAAGCACUACAGAAAUGCGGAGUUGAGGCCAGCAUGGCGUUCGUGUCCGCAGCCCAAAUGCUGGGUCUCAUCAAGAACUACAGCGAAGAGGCCACGGCGAAGGAGCCAACCGAACCGGCCGCUGGCUGGUCGGCCUGGCUCAUGGCCCGCCUCCACGACGUUCCCGCGCUGGCUGUCUUCGGCGUCCUGGGAGCUGUUGCGGCCGUGGUUCUGGUCUCUGGUGUCGGCAGCGGUGGUGGUGGUGGUGAUGGGGUACCUAUGAUGUCCCAACAUUGCAACAACGCCUCCGCGGUGGGCAACUCGACCGCGUGGUCGCCCGGCAACAGCUUGUCGGCUUACAAGAGCAACAACCUCUCGGCGGUGAUGAACUGGAACUUUAGCUAG